UUUUAAAUUCUAAUGGAAUCCACUACAGUAUCAGACCUAUUACCUCCAGAGCCAACUGCUGAAGAGGCCGGUGGUGAAGAAACCCUAAUCUAUAUCUCUCAAGCCAGGGAUAGAUUCACUGAAGCAGUCGGCUACCUUGCCGAAGAAGACUGGAAUCUAUACAAAGAUAAGAACGAUGUUAAGCUUCUGACGAAGAAAUCAGUCGAUGGAGGAGUAGACCUGGUCCUGAGAGAGGCUAUUAUUGAAAAACCACAAGAAGUUGUCUAUGAGUGGUUCUGUAACCAAUCAAACCUUGUUGAUAAUAGUGAAAGAUUGAUUGUGAGUGAAGUGGUGGAUGAAUUAGGCCCAGAGUCUUUCUUACUCAAAAGAGAAGUCAAAGGAAAUUUCCUCGUUUCAAACAGAGAUAUGUGAAUCUUUUGGCACAAACUCAACCUAACCGAUGGAUCAGUGGCCAACAUUCAGUUCUCUAUCAUGCAUUCGAAGAUUCCUGAGACCAAGUGAGUAAGAGGAGAAUUGAACAUUAGUUUGCUCAUGGUGACAAAGAUUGAUGAUAACAAAUGCAAGUUAAUUUCUCUCGGCAAAAUUGAUCCAAAAGGAAGUAUCCCAACCUCAUUUGUCAACAAAAUGACUUGGACCCAGUUCGAUGAAUUAGUAAAGAUGAAGAAGGUCAUUGAAGCUCUGUAAAGUAGAAGGCAGAAGUACAUAGAAGCAUUUAGGCCAAUUUAUGCCGAAAUAUGACACUAUUUAAGGCAUAACUUGAUCAUACAAAAUUAGAUA